GUGGAGAUAAACACGUAAAAUCCUUGAAGAUAAUUUUUUCAGUCUAUAAAAUAUAAAUACUGGAUUUCCCUUUCAGAAUCCUAUCCAAAAGUAUCAUAGUAUUCAUCAAACUUUAUGAUAAUGAAAAUCCAUAAUCCAAAUUUCAUGACUUUUAACACUCUAAUAUUCAUAGCUUCUCCAAUCGUCGUGUUUCUCUUGAUCAAAUUAUUUCUUAAACAAAAGUAUCCACAAAAAUAUGAGCAGAAAAAAUACCACCCAGUUGCUGGAACCAUGUUCCACCACCUUCUUCACUUCAACAAGAUUCAUCAUUAUAUGACUGAUCUUGCUGCCAAGUAUAAAACUUACAGAAUCUUGGCUCCUUUUAGAAAUGAGGUUUACACCUCUGAUCCUGCUAAUGUGGAGUAUAUUCUCAAAACCAACUUUGAAAAUUAUGGCAAGGGGGGUUAUAACUAUGACAAUCUAAGCGAUCUGCUGGGUGACGGGAUCUUUGCUGUUGAUGGAGAUAAAUGGCGCAACCAAAGGAAAGUAUCAAGCUACGAGUUCUCAACGAGGAUUUUGAGGGAUUUCAGCAGCAAAAUCUUCCAGGAAAAAGCAGUAAAACUAGAAAAUAUAAUUGCUAAUGCUGCAAAAUCCAACCAAAUCAUGGACAUCCAAGAUUUGUUCAUGAGGUCUACAUUAGAUUCCAUAUUCAAGGUUGCAUUUGGAGUUGAUCUGGACAGUAUGUGCGGAUCAAAUGAACAAGGAAAAACAUUCAGCCAAGCUUUUGAUGGUGCUAGUGCUCUGUGUCUGUACAGAUAUGUGGACCCCUUCUGGCGUAUCAAAAAAUAUCUCAACAUUGGUUCAGAGGCUCAACUUAAGAAAAACAUCAAAAUAGUUGAUGAUUUUGUUUACAAGUUGAUCAACAACAAAGUUGAGCUUAUGCAGACGUCACAAGGAAAUUAUGCAGAGACGCAGAUGAAAAAAGAUGACGUGUUAUCCAGAUUCAUGCAGCUGCAUACCAAGGAUCCCAAGUAUUUAAGGGACAUAAUAUUGAACUUUGUGAUUGCUGGAAAAGAUACCACAGCAGCUACACUUUCGUGGUUUGUUUACAUGCUUUGUAAACACCCACAAGUACAGGAAAGAGUCGCGGCAGAAGUAAGGAAAGUUACAGACAUGAAAAGGAGAGAGAAGUGUGCAGAAUACGCAGGGAGUUUAAGUGAAGAUUUACUUGACAAAAUGCAUUAUCUACAAGCUGCAUUGACUGAAACACUCAGACUCUACCCAGCAGUUCCAGUGUUGUGCAUGCAACAGGAUGCAAAGGUAUGUUUUUCAGAUGAUACACUUCCUGAUGGUUAUAGUGUGAAGAGAGGGGACAUGGUGGCUUACCAACCCUACGCAAUGGGAAGAAUGAGAUUUAUUUGGGGUGAUGAUGCACAGAAUUUUCGACCAGAAAGAUGGCUUAACGAAAAUGGCAUCUUCCAACCACAGAGUCCCUUCAAGUUCACAGCCUUUCAGGCAGGUCCACGAAUUUGUCUAGGCAAGGAAUUUGCUUACAAGCAGAUGAAGAUCUUUUCUGCUGUGCUGUUGAGCAAUUUUGCUUUCAAACUCUGUGAUGAGGAAAGUACUGUAAAUUACAGGACAAUGAUAACCCUUCAUAUUGAUGGUGGUUUAUUUGUGCGUGCUAUUCCUCGCGAGUACAUCCAGGAAAAUUAGACAUCCCCCCCUUCUCUCUUCUUAUGAAGCUCCAUGAUGUAAUACCAAUACUCCAAUAGUUUGAUAGUGAGUUCACCUGAUUUGAGAAUAGUAUUUUCUGAUGUGCUAAAAAUAAAUCCUUCUUUUCAGAUUUAUAUUUUAACUAUUUUUUUUUUA